AUGUUCACAUCCACCCACUUGAACAGCAACAGCGACACCACCUUUCUCUCCGUCGGUGGCGGUGGCAAGUGCAAGUUCUGGUUAAUGGCCUCCGUCGCCUCGCCCUCUACUCCGGCGGUGGUUUUCACCGCCCUCGCCGGCGUCGCCAUCGUCGCCGUGAUUUUCUACGGCGCCAGUAGGGGCCGGCUUAAAUCACCAUGGUCGCAAAGGAAAAGAAAACACGUUCUGUCACCUCAGCAAUGGAAAUGCAUGUUUACAGAAGAUGGUAGAUUCUAUGAUGGUGGAAAUAAGUUCCUCAAAAGAGUGCGCAGUGGAGGUGUUGAUCCUAGUAUCAGGGCUGAGGUUUGGCCAUUCCUACUUGGAGUGUAUGACUUAGACAGCAGCAAAGACGAAAGAGAUGUUAUAAGAACUCAAAAUAGAAAGCAGUAUGAGAAGCUCCGCAGACAAUGUAGGAAGCUCUUCAAGCAAAGCAAUGAGAGAAAUAAGUUAAAUGAAGUUGGUGAAAUCAGCUAUGAGGGUGAUGGUAGAAGUUUGUGUCAAGAUUCUGGUUCUGCUAGUUCUGAUGAUGUAGUCAGUGCUAGGGAAUCUCUCUCUAGUGAGGAUAAGAGCGCUGAUGUUGAACAUUCUGACAAUCCAUCCAGUGCCCUGUUGGAAGGAGACGACAUUCAUACUGUGAACAACGCUGAUGUCUCUACACUGGAUACUGAUUUCUCUGAUUCAGACUCCUUUGAAGAAGGUUCUGAAGUAAUUCAGACAGUUCCUUCUGAUGAUAUUGAGGAAUAUAACAAUCCAGACAACGCUCCCAAGGAAGUAUCUUCUCCCUCCAAAGACAAAAUCCCAUCAAAGCCGCCAACUAAUGAAGAUUUUUCCACCUGGCAACGAAUUAUCCGACUUGAUGCAAUACGUGCCAAUGCUGAAUGGAUGUCAUGUUACCCGUCUCAAGCCUCCGUACCAGACAGCAGGGCCCGUCGAACUGCUGAGGCUGUUGGCUUGAGGGAUUAUGGUCACCUAGAGGCUGGCAGAAUUUUCCAUGCUGCCCGACUAGUUGCUAUUCUUGAAGCAUAUGCACUAUAUGACUCUGACAUUGGCUACUGCCAAGGUAUGAGUGACCUGCUAUCUCCUAUAAUUAGUGUUAUAUCAGAGGAUCAUGAGGCUUUCUGGUGUUUUGUUGGAUUCAUGAAGAAGGCACGGCAAAAUUUUAGGCUUGAUGAAGUGGGUAUUCGCAGGCAACUGGACUUGGUCGCAAAAAUAAUAAAGUUUAAGGAUGCCCAUCUUUUUAGGCAUUUGGAAAAGCUUCAGGCUGAGGAUUGUUUUUUUGUCUAUAGAAUGGUGGUGGUAAUGUUUAGAAGGGAGCUGACAUUUGAACAAACCCUUUGCCUAUGGGAAGUGAUGUGGGCAGAUCAAGCGGCAAUAAGGGCAGGUACUGGGAAAUCUGCAUGGAGCAGAAUUAGGCAGCGUGCACCACCAACAGAAGAUUUAUUGCUUUAUGCAAUAGCAGCUUCGGUGUUGCAGAAAAGGAAAUUGAUCAUUGAAAAGUAUAGCAGCAUGGAUGAAAUCAUUAAGGAAUGCAAUAGCAUGGCAGGUCAACUUGAUGUUUGGAAACUGCUUGAUGAUGCACAUAACCUAGUGGUCACGCUUCAUGACAAAAUAGAGACAUCAUUCUCAUGA